AUGCAACCGACCACCCUCCCAUCCCCCCUCGGCCGAACCCUCGCCCGCUUCACCGCCGACUCCAACCUCAGCGCCCCCGCAGCGCGCGAGCGCUACACCCGCGCCCUCCGCACCGGCGACCUCGCCCCAUUCCCGAACGCCUUCGCCCCCGCUCCCCACCGCAUCGAAGAGUCCGAAGCCGACGGCCUCACCACACGCAAGUUCCUCCUCAAACUCCGCGGAACACCCAACGACCCCGCCGGCCGCUCGCUCCCCCAGGUCACGAACAGCACCGACCUCGAGACCGAGUCCGUCAUCAUCCCCAUGCGCAAACGCCACGGGAUCUCCCACACCCUCUGCGUCUCCUCCCAGGUCGGCUGCGCCAUGGGCUGCGAGUUCUGCGAAACCGCGCAGAUGGGCCUCCUCCGCUCCCUGACGAGCGAAGAGAUCCUCGCCCAGUGGUUCGCCGCCAAGCACCACCUCGGCGUCGACAUCACCAACAUCGUCUUCAUGGGCAUGGGCGAGCCCCUCGACAACAUCGACGCCGUCAUCGCCGCCAUCGAAGCCCUCACCGACCACGCCGGCGCCGCCGUCGCCAUGCGCCGCAUCACCGUCUCCACCGUCGGCCGCCUCGACGGCAUCGCCAAGCUCCGCGAGUUCGCCUCACGCGAGGGCAACAAACAGCUCGGCCUCGCCGUCUCCAUCAACGCCCCCAACGACGAGAUCCGCAACACCAUCAUGCCCAUCAACAAGGCCAUGCCCCUCGCGGACCUCAUCCCCGCCCUCGAACGCUGGCCCGUCAAGGCCAACUCCAAGAUCUGCGCCGAAUACGUCCUCAUCCCCGGCGUCAACGACGCCGCCGAGCACGCCGACGAAAUCGCCGACCGCCUCCGCAACGUCCCCUGCUGCCUCAACGUCAUCCCCUACAACCCACGCCGAAACUCACCCUGGCCAGCGCCGACCGAAGAGUCCGUCCAGGCCUUCCUCCGCCGCCUCGAAUCCCGCGGCCAGUUCUGCAAGCAACGCAAGACCAAAGGCCGAGACACCAUGGCCGCCUGCGGCCAGCUCGGCAACGAAAACAUCCGCAAACGAAAACUCGUCACCCAAUAG